AUGGUUGGCUUUAGGUUUGAAUGCUAAUUUAACAAAGACAUAGCCCUUUUGGAGGCAUAGCUAGGUAUAAAAAUGGUUAAAGAUAGUGAGGCAGAUGGCAAUAAUAGUGAUUGCUAGAUAGGAUAAUCUAACUUAAUUGAAAAUCAAAUAUUUAUUCAUCCAAAAUCAGUAUCUCCAUCAGUUUUAGAUUCACCUAAAUACUUAUCAAGCAAGAUGGCAGAAAGCUUAGAAAAAUACUGA